AUGAUCAAAUUGGACGUUUUCAAGUUGGCCAAAAUGGGGCCGAGUAAAGGGAAGGGCCCACUCAUCGCAAAGUACGCCCCCAUUGGGUUUAAGAAAGGAUUCGGAGCUAUCGGACUUGGAAGGCACACCAAAAAGGGCUUCUUCAUUAUUAACAAAAUGUUGGUGCCCAACUUUCGCGUCCCAGAUCUGAGUGAUUGCAACCUCAAACCAUAUGUCUCGAGGAAAACGCCACUCAUCGUCAUGAAGAAGCAGUUGGGCCCCCGCCUAAAAAUCCUCAACUGA